AUGAAGCUCAAUUUCCUCCUAACUAUUCUCUCUGCCAGCCUCGUUGCAGCUGCGCCCAUUACCACUGGACCUGUCGAUAACAAUGAAAAGAGAAACACUCCCCUCAACACUGUACUCACCAUAAUUCUGAAUCAUCUUCCAGCAGUCAAUGGUGCCAUUGGGGCUGUUGAAAGUGUCAUCACUGGCUUCCAGGAACUCGUCUCAAAUCUCACUGGAAUCAGCGAUACUUACAAUGAGUUAGGCGGUGCUUGCACUGACUAUACGGUUAUUUUUGCCCGCGGAACAGAUGAUCCAGGAAACACAGGUGUCAUCACGGGACCACCAUUUUUCAUGGCUUUGCAAUCUCUUGUAGGAUCUUCCAAAGUUACCAUUCAGGGUGUGAAUAACUAUGCCGCGAGCGUAGCGACAUUCCUUGCUGGUGGUGAUCCUGUUGGAAGUGCUUCUAUGGCAUCUGAAAUCCAAGCCGCGCACGCAGCAUGCCCAAAUACACACCUCGUCGCAUCUGGUUACUCCCAAGGAGGACAAGUUGUGCAUAACGCACUUGCCUUACUUCCUGCAGCAACCGCAAGCUGGAUCAGCUCUGUUGUGAUUUUUGGUGACCCAUUGGAUGGACAAGCAAUCCCGAACGUUGCUGCUUCAAAAGUCGACACCGUAUGCCACACAGGUGAUAAUAUAUGCCAAGCUGGAGAUAUAAUUCUACCAGCUCACCUUACCUACGGAGAAAAUGCCGCUGCCGCAGCUGCGUUUGUGGUUGCUGCCGCUAAAUAA